CUUCCUAGUCAAGAUCUGGAACUGCUGACAGGAUAUUCUUAGACUGAGAUUUUCUUCCUGGCAUUUCUGCAGUUGGAGGCUGAGAGCAAUACUGGAGAAUUCAAGGGAUAUUUGCAGCAGAGGAAGAAUCCAGCUGCAGAGACGUCUAGCAGAUUGAUUCAGAUUCUGGAUCCUCCAACAUCCCUCAGAGAUGGCUCACAGGAACAAAGCUGGGGCUUCCAAAGCCAGCCGCACCCAAAAAAAUCCCAAGGAGACGCCAGUUGUUACAGGACCCAAUAUGGACUCUCUGGGUUUCCUGGCUAUGGACAGCAACGUCCCAGGUUUGUCGCAGGUCAUCCUUCAAAAACUCAACAUGAAAAGCUAUGAUGACUACAGGUCCGCAAUGGAAGGCAGAAAACUAUGCACGGAUUUUGGCAUCCGGUCCUAUUUUGAGAUGUUCCAGAAAAUGGAGGACACUUUCAAGUUUUGUGUUGAGUGCAAGAAGCUUCCGGAAUCAAUGCCUGAUCCUAAAAGCCUGCGGCGCUGCAAAAGGUGCCAGAAUGUCUAUUACUGUGGCUCAGAAUGCCAGCGAGCCAACUGGCCCACACACAAAAAGGUCUGCAAGAAGCUGAAACUGGUGGCUCUCGACCGACUAGUGGAAUGGCUUGUUUUCACAGGCGACAUCCCUUUCCCCACAAGCCCCUGGAUGAAGCGAAUCCCGGAGGUGAGAGGCUGGGAGGACUACUUCUCGAUGCAGGAUGGUCUAAAGGAGAAGCUCAGCAAUAUCAUGACGGGGCGUUACAUGAACAUCCUCUGGGCCAAUGCUGGGAAGCCAAAGCCAGAGGAGGCAGAACUCCUGGAGUCUGUCAAGCGGGUGAUGACAGACUUUGUGUCCAGGCCAGCCACCAUUGGCUUGGGGCUGUGCGUGUUCCGCCUUGACCCCUACGCCAAGCCUAUCACGGUGCACGUGGUUGGAGCUUCCCACGUAGAGACUCUGAACGCCCGGGUGACAGACUACGAUGAGCUCUCCCGCAUGUUUCCAAAGCACCAGGGCAUCGAGGUGGUGAUGGUGGGUGUUGACGUGGUAGAUGGGCCCAUCAUGAGGCCGCCGUUGGUAGCUUUAGGGCCCCGGGAACGAGUCUACCUCAGCAGCUACAAGGGCCUUUAUCACGACUUCUGGGAAUCGCAAGUGGAGACCCAGCAGGCUGCUCGGCCUGACAUCGUGGUUGGCUUCCACCCAGGUUUCCAUGCCUGCCAUGACCUAAUGGAGAGUUGGCUUCCCACCUUGCUGCUCCUUCGAGACUACGAGAUCCCCUCACUCUUCACCGUGUACAGUGAACAGGAAAUGAAGAAUUCGCUCAAAAUCUUGAUGGAGCUAGAGACCCAGAUCACAGGCUGUGGGCCCAACCCCUUCACCUCCCUCAAACCAGAACAGGCCUACUCAAACCCCAAUAAACCUCCUGUCUACUGCAACUCCCACUACAUGAUGUUCCGGGGGCUGUCUGCUCCCCCAGAUGAGCUGGACAUAGGAGAGCUGGAUGGGGGUGAAGAGAAGCGAGAUUAGAGAUGGGGAAGCUUAGAGCAAGCGACUUCAGGCAGCAAAGGCUUCUUGGUUUCCCCACAUCUGUUCAACUACUUGCUUGGAGCGGACAGAGAUGUCAGGAACGCAAGCGGCUGUUUUGUGUGCAUGCUCAUUCUCAAAGCUGGCCCCGUCCUUGCAGCUGAAGGGCAGAUUCCAAAGGUAGCAAAUAGGGAAGGGCCGUAGCUCAGUGGGGAAGCAUCUGCUUUGCAUGCAGGAGGUUGUGGAUUCAGCCCCCAGUGUAGGAUUGGGGGAUAUCCCUACCUGAAACCCCAGAGAGCUGCUCUGAGGCCGUGGAUGUUGGCCCUCCCGAACUAGAACUCACAUCAACCCCAGAAACCAUGAAGCUACUAGCCAUGAUGCCUGUGCUCUGCCUCCGAGGUCAGACGCAGUAAUAAAUCUUGAGUACCAGUUGCUGGAAACCACAGGAGUGCUUGGGUCUCACUUGUGGGUUUUCCUCCAGGCAUCUGGCUGGCCUCUGCAAUACCAGGAUGCUGGACCAGAGGAGCCUUUGGCCUGAUCCAGCAGGCUCUACCCGUGGGCUCCAUGGUUGGAGGCUGAAGAGCUUUGGGAUACCAGUUGCUGGAAAUUGCAGGAAGAAAGUGUGCUGUUGCGCUCAGGAUACUGGACUAGAUGGGACAUUGGUCUGAUCCAGCAGGCUCUUCUUAAGCAUGGCCAAUGUCCUGUGGACUUGUUUUUUCAAAAGCCAAGCCAUGGACUCCCUAUUUUUGAAAACGUUGGUAUCUUUGUGGUAGUUUUUGUUAUGUGAAUGGUGCCACGACACCCUCCAACAUGUCCCAGUGCAAAACCAGGCCGUGCUCCCACGCGAGUCACAUGACCUGUGCAAAGACACGGCAUACAUUUUUGGGUGCCGCAGUAUCAAGAGUUUGGGGCAUACCCUUGUUCGUGAGAGCAUGACCCCAAAACAGGAUGUCCUGAAAAAAAUUGACAGAUAUGUGCUAUGGACCCCCUGGGUAGGUUAUGCCAGGCAUGUCCAACAAGUAGAUUGUGAUCUACCAGUAGAUCACAGGACGUCUGUAGUAGAUCACUGGCUUCCCCCAAAGAAGCUCAACAACUAUGGCUCCCCUAAAAAAAGCUCAACAUUUUUGCCCUGCAGCCCGUCAAAAUGGCGCUUUCCUCCUCCCUAAAAAAAGCUCAACAACUUUGACCUGAACUCCAAAAAGGGGGUAGAUCACUGCCAGUUUUUAACUCUGUGAGUAGAUCGUCGUCUCUUGGGAGUUGGCCACCCCUGGGUUAUGCAAACCAACAAUUAGAAGCCACUGGUUUAGACCAUACUGAGCAAGAUAGCUCAGCGGCUCUCCAGGGUUUCAGGUAGGAAUUUUUACCAACCCUUUCUGGGAGUGCCCAACUUCUGCAUGCCAAGCAGCUGCACCACCUGAGCCAUGGUAUAUCUAGCCACCUUUUUGUCUAGCAGAAAUAAACAGAAGGGAGAGGACUGUUUGUGAACAUGGAGGGUGGGGAGAGGACCCCAGGAUUCACUCCCCCCCCAACCCUGAUCUCAUGCUGCCUUUUACUAAAAAUAAACCUGCACACUAUUCAAAUUUCUCAUCAAGUAUUCCUGCCUUCUUACUUACAGCCAACCCAGGUGGUGGCAGCCCUGGCUGUCAACUUCUUCAUCCUCUUUAGGCUCAGUGUUAACCCUGGUAGAACUUGGCAGAGAGGAGGCGGAAUGGGGAUGAAACUAGAAUUAGUUGGCUCUGCCUGCCAAUGGCUCUGGUGCCACCUACUGCUGGCCUCCUGCCCCACCAGUCUCAAUAGGCACCAGCCACCACUGAUUUUAUACGACACCCCUUUAGUGCAAGUCCAGAGGUUUUACAAAUGAUGACGGGAAAUGUUUCCCAAACAGUGUGGCCAGACACCCAAUGCUGUAGGAAAGGUCACUCAAGAGCGCCAGAGCAAAAGCAGCAAGGACCCAGGGGAUGGAAGUGUAAUAAAUAAAAUACAAAUCGGGUAUGAGUGCCAACAUCAUGUUGACCCCUGCUGAACCAGUUGCACAAGCACAAGGAUGGUUUUCCCAUGAGAAACUGUUUUUAUCACUCAGUUGUUGUUUUUUUAAAAAUAAAGCAUAACAGAAUGGCUCCUACACAGAUCACAAAUUAUCUACAUAGGAUUUUCCCAUACACACCAAUUCCCCCCAUUUCCAAGGCCCGUGGAAUGCAGAUCUAGUUCCCCAUAUUUCGGCAGACAUAUAAAGUGUAAGCAUAGUUCAUAGAUGGCUAAUUAAAGUACAUAUUGCUGGAUCAUCUCUCUGUGCCAUCUACUGCCAUCUAUUCUUCCUGGGAGCGUGGAUGGAUCUUGGGGGGUCAGAAUCCCACCCAAGCAACACUUCAAAACAUGUUUGACCUCGAUAGAUAAUGUGCAUCAAACACCAGUCCACCUUCCUCAACUGGCAACCCUGAACCACACGGUAAGCUUUCCGAGGAUGUUUUUCUCGAGGUCUCAGUUUAGUUCCUCCAAAGCGCUUCCAUCGAAAAGGGUGGGGAUCCAGCAAUUUCUGUGCAUUCAUAGGCAAAACGUAGCAGCUGGGAUGGCAGUCUGGGAAUCAAAGGGGCCAACCACAAAAGAAGCUAGGAGCCGAUGCCUACACUCAAAAAGGGCAGCAGUUCCGUUCUGCGACAGAAAGCAGUGCAAAUUCCAGUAAGGAUGCUUGUACAUUGAGGUUCGGAGAGCACAUUAAGACUUGAGAGGCUGACAUCUGAGGAAUCUGUGGCACCGCCUUGAAGCCCCCUUCCAGACGGGGGCUGCACUUCUGGUUUUCUGCAAGGCAAAAAAUUGGACGCUGGUGAUGGCAGGAGAGUUGGCAGGCUCUGAGUGUCAGUUGUUGGGGAGUCGAAAAGAGGGGAGAUGGCUGUUGUGCUUGGGUCCUGAUUGCAGGCUUCCCAGAUGGGUUUGGUUGGCCUCUGUGAGAACAAGAGCCAGGAAUAGAUGGGCCAUGGGCGGAUCCAGCAAGGUGCUUCCUACGCUCACAUUAAACUUAUGGGCAGGACCAGAGGCGAAAGAAGGCAGAGCUUGUCCCUUUUUGGGGAGCCUUCCAGGAGCCACAUGGGCAACCUUUCCUGGAAGAUAAGGCUAUUCAUGGAGAGUAAGACCACCAAUGGCUACUAGCCAAUAUGGACAUGUCCUACCUGUGCUGUCACAACAAAGACAGGAUGCUAGACCAGAUGGCCCUUUGGCCUGAUCCUGCAGGACUCCAUUUAUGUGUGUGCUCUGGCUGUGGCUGAGAUGGACGCUGAGGGCACUGAUACUUCCCACCUCCCAUGAGGAGGGGCUCCUGCAGACAUUUGCUGCAGUGGUGGGAAUGGCCCCUGAUCCAAAGGCACGGAGGAAGAGGUCCGGUGGCCACUAUGUGAGGGAGGCAGAAGGGGUGGAAAGGACCCAGAAGAAUCUUACUAAUUUAAGACAUGUAGGGAAACUGGAAACUGCCUUACAGUAAGCCAGACCAUUGGUCCGUCUCACCCAGCAUCAUCCACACUAAGUGGCAGCAGCUCUCCAGGGUUGCAGGAAGCCUGUGCUCUCCCUCUGAGCUAAGGCCCGUUUUGUCUCCCGCUGUUCUGUGCAGCUCAGUAUUGUCUAUGCCAAUCUUCGACAACCUGGUACCCUCCGGAUAUUCUGGACUGCAACUUUCAUCAGCCAGCAUUGCCAUGCCAGUUGCUGGAAGCCCAGUUGCUCGAAUCCUGCUUGCAGGUUUCUCUGGCCACUGUGAGAACAAGAUGCUGGACUAGAUGGGUCACUUGCCGGAUCCAGCAGGCUCUCCUUAUGUUCUUAUGGGAACUGUAGUACAAAACAACUGGAGGACCUUAGGAUAGGGAAAGCAGGUCUACACUGACUGGCAGCAGCUCUCUUGGGUCUUAAGAUGGGGGUCUUUCCUAGCCCUACGUGGAGAUGCUGGUGAUUGAGCCUGCGCCCUUCUGCUCUUACCCCUUUAUGAGUUGAAUAGACUAUGCCAGUGUAAACAGAUUUGAUUAAUUUGUUCUCCUUUUGCUAGCCGCAAGGCACUGGGUGAGAGCUCUAAAAGCAGCAAUCCUGGCUACAUAGCAGUCCUGCUCAGUCCCAGCUUCAAAAAACAGAUUCCAGGUAUUGCCUAUACAGUAAUUUCAAGUUGCUUUCUGUAGCCAUAGGGACUAGAAGCUUGUUUUAUAGCAGCCCCCCAGAAUGGAGAUCUUUAGCAUGCCUUGCUAUCAAAUUCUGCAUGAGGGUGGUGUGGAAAGUAUAGGCAGGUCUGCUCUCCAUUCUGAAUAAACGGGGGGGGGG